AUGGCGGCCGGCUUCUUCAUCAGCAAGAGCGUGGGCAUCGUGGCCAUAUGGCAGCAGGAGAUCGAUGGGACCAUCUGGAAUGUCACCAAGUUCGAGACCACCCCCAAAAUGUCCACCUACCUGCUGGCCUUCAUCAUCAGCCAGUUCACCUACGUGCAAAAUAACUCGGGGAGCGUGCUGAUCCGCAUCUGGGGCCGCCCCGAGGCCAUCGCCGAGGGCCAGGGCGCGUACGCGCUCCAAGUCACUGGCCCCAUUCUCAACUUCUUUGAGAGGCACUACAACACGGCGUACCCUCUGCCCAAGUCCGGUGGGUGCUGCGGGGCGGCUGGGGCCCCGGGAGGAGCCGCCAGCCGUGGGGGCCGGGUUACCCGCCGGCCCCCCCGCCUGCCCCACCGGCUGGCUGGGCCCAGCUGACGGGGCAUGGUGUCCCCCCCGCAGUGGUUCGGGAACCUGGUGACGCUGCAAUGGUGGAACGACCUGUGGCUGAACGAGGGCUUCGCCUCCUACGUGGAGUACCUGGGCGCCGACUCGGCGGAGCCCUCCUGGAACAUUAAGGACCUGAUGGUGCUGAACGAGGUGUACCGAGUGAUGGCGACGGACGCCCUGACCACCUCCCACCCGCUUUCCUUCCCCGAGGACGAGAUCAACACCCCGGCCCAGAUCAGCGAGGUCUUCGACAACAUCGCCUACAGCAAGAAAUACAUACAGAAGCAGGUGAUGCCCCUCUUCAACUACUACGAGAAAAUCACCAACAACUGGACCACCAUCCCCA